AUGAGCUCCACGGUCUAUCUCGGGCCUCGGCCUCCGCCGAGAGGCUAUCCCGGAGAAAGUCCUGUGGUGGAUCGCUUCGCCAAAUGGCGAGCAAAGCUCGGCCGCGACCUCCUCAGCGCUGCCGAGGAGGGCAAUGCCGCCGUGGUGAAGGUAUGCUUGGAGCAGAAGGCAGAUCCUUCCGUGAUCUCCUUGGAUUCAGGUCGCAGCCCUCUUCAUGGAGCUGCCGCAUCCGGCAAUCUAGAGGUCAUGCGAGACCUCAUCCACGCCAGCGUCCGUGCCCGAGUGGACCUGAGCCUCGCCGACAACUCCAAGCGGACAGCGCUGGACGAAGCCCUCGAUGUCCCGCAAAGGCUACACAUGCCUGCAGACUUAGUGGUCCCGCUUCUAGCCACUGCAAAGGAGGCUCCUGAGAUUGUCACUGAGCUUCAGACCUCCUUGCCCAAGUGGCGCCAGGCGUUGUUAACGGUCCUCUCCUGCUGCAAAACACCGUUGCCCUUGGUGCACGAAGCAGCUCUCGCCUCUGUCCUCGGGGCUUGGUGCUUCACUGGCGCGCGCGGUGGACCACCAUCGAAGGUCCAGGAACUGCGGAGGGCCCUCUUCACCAGUGUGGCCAACAACAACCGCAGUGCAGUCGAGGCUUUAGCGAUCGCUAGAGCAGACCUCAAUCGACUAGAUCCACGAUCGCGCAGGACUGCGCUUGAACUGUCGGAGGCGUUGCUGCACCACGGUGUCACCGAUGUGCUCAGGCAGCAUGGCGCUACGACUGAGCGCAACCCGCACUUCGAGGAAUGGGCGUUGUGCCUUGCCGCAGCGAAUGGCAGUGUGCAAGGCACCACUCGUUGGCUUGGACAUGGCGAGGUGGACUGGCGCGACCCUCCGCCAAGUAUGAGAAGUACUGCGCUGAUGUAUGCGGCUGCUGGCGGCCACUCUGACGUCGUCAUGUCUUUAUUGGAGGCCCAGGCUUGCCCUGCUUUGGUGGACCAGAAGCAGCGUGCGCCCUUCGAGAUGGCUCGCGAGGUCGGUGCUGAAGCGCUGGCGCGCUAUCUGCAGCGUACCGCUGAGCAUUGGCGGAGCUCGAACCCUGGCUCCAUGCUUGCGCCUGCCGAGUGGCAGAAGCCAGCAGGAUGGCGAGAGGCUGCGCCCGAGGUGGAUCCGGAGGGCUCGAAGCUGGCUGGCCUAACAGCUGCCGUUCAAGCAAGCCGGAGCAUGCAGGCAAAGGGGAAGAAGGUCAUCAUCGAAGUCCUGAGAGCUACAGGCCUUCAAGCCGGCAUGUUCCUCCACAGUUUGGAUCCCUUCGUGAAGGUGCGUGUUGGACAAGAGGUGCAAGAGACCCAGUACGUCGUCAGCUUCACCGAUCCCGAGUGGAACGAGCAGUUCGAGUUCUUCAUCAUGGGCACUGAGGUGAUCAUCUUUUCUGUGUGGGACUACGACCUCACAGGCGGCGAGGAUCACGACUUCAUCUGUCGCGCCGAGCUUCCACUGAAGCAUCACGUCAAAGAGCUGUACAAGGGGCAGAGGGUCAUGCUCGAGCUUCACCUGGAAAACAAGACUCACGAUGAUGAGUCCACCCUGUUUGUCGCCCUGCAGCUGGCAGAUUUCGUGAAGGGCCCUCAAAGGAGGAUUCCGGAGACUCGCAGAGUCAGCGAAGAUAGGCGCCCUGCACCUUCUACUGCAGCUCCUGCCAGCAGCGGGGCAUUCCUGUGA